AUGAAAGCUUCAAAAUUAUCCUCCGGAAUUCUUCGCGCCAUGUUUUUAUACGCCAGAUGCCUGGGCUUGUUCUCCUUUCGAUUCAGAAAGUCGUCGGAUAAUGUUAUGGUCGUGGAGGAAACUUGGAGUAAUCGUCGUUCGUGGUGGAAUUGGUUCAUGGUCAUUUUACGAAUGGUGCCUCUCUGCAUAUACGUUUAUACAUACGGUGCGUGGAUUUGGGACAGAGAAAUGACAAUUGAUAAAGUACUGAACUCGAUUCGCCUUAUACUUUCGAUUCCCUGCUAUAUGUCGAUGAUUUACGUGAAGAUUUUUCAUGGAAGAGAAGUGACUAAGUUGGUCAACCGAUAUCUUAAAAUCUUUCGCAAGGAAAAAAUACAGAACUUUGGAAAAAUUGGGAGAUUUGGGGGCAAACGAGAAUUAUUCCUAAUCAUUCUUUCCUUAGUUUGUCAAGUCCAAGAAAUUGUGUUCUUGCUGGGUAUAUUAAAGUGGAAAAUCAGUGUAAAAAAUGUGAUUGGGUGGGCAAGUUACACAUAUGUAGUUAUUGUUAGUAACACGAUCUUGCGAAUAAGUUUCAUUUGGUACCUUAGCUUGGGUGUACUGUAUACGAACUUGAAUGAAAAUGUCUAUUUCGACUUAAGAGCUCAAUUUUAUAAAUUUAGAUUCCAGAUAAAUAGGACCAGGAGAUUAAAGAAAAAAUUGACGAUUUUUCAAGAGAUUUCUUAUGUGGUUAUUCUUCUGCAAGAUAUUUUAAAUGUACAUCUAUUUUUAAACGUAGUCCAGACACUUUUGUAUAUAGUCGUGAUUUCUUAUAAAAUGAUUACCAAUAGGAAGUUCUCCGAAAUUUGGCUUUGGAUCUUAUUUGUUAAAAAUAUAAUCGAUGUGUUCAUUCUAACCUUGGCUAUUCAAGGAGCAAGCAAUCAGAUUAGAUACACUCGGGAACUCGUACUGGAUAUUUUCUUUGUCGGCAAGUCUAAAGAUUGGAUCAAAUUGGUGGAGAUGUUUGUCACCCAUCUGAACUUAAACGAGUUUAGGGUUCGUCUUUUGGGACUUUUUGAUGUUUCCAAUCACCUAUUCCUUGCCAUUGUAUCGGGUAUAGUUUCUUAUCUGGUUUUUAUCGUGCAAUAUGUAAUCCAGAUUCGCGCACACAAAAAAAAAACUUGGUAA